CCAACACGUCCUUUGGGCCUUACCUCACCUUCCACCCAUCACCUUCCUCGGGACUUUACCUUCUCUUCUCUCAUUUCUCUUCUUUAUCCAUUCUCCUUUUUCACCUACAGUACUUCCUCUCAGCAUAUUCUAUCCUCAGCACAGCGACAACGAAAGGAAGAGUAGGGCCAUCAUGUUCUACAGCGAGGCGAUCCUCUCCAGGAGGGGCCCGCUCUCCAAGGUCUGGCUCGCUGCGCAUGCCGAGCGCCGCCUGUCCAAGGCUCAACUGAUCGGCGCAGAUCUCGAACGGAGCAUCUCAUCAAUCAUGGGGCCUGAGGCGCCCAUGGCCUUGCGUCUCAGUGGCCAGCUCCUUCUUGGCGUCGUUCGGAUCUACUCGCGAAAGGCUCGCUACCUCCUGGACGACUGCAAUGAGGCCCUCGUCCGCAUUAAAAUGGCCUUCCGAACGGCAGGAGGAGGAGCGUUUGCAUCAAGCGACGCGACCACGGGCGCAUUGCAGGCUUCGAGGAGGCAGAUCACGCUCACCUCGACGCGGACAGACCUCGACCUCUUGAUGCCCGACCCAUCGAUUGAGACCUGGACGCGUGCGGGGCACGACGCGGCUAGCAUGGCAGGCUCCAGGGCGGGAAGCAUGACACCUGGUCCAAUGGCUGCCCGACACACCGCUCGAGCAGCCGACAUCACCCUGCCGCAGUAUCGAGGCGGGACGCCCAGCCUCUGGAAUGAUGAGGCGAGCAGCAGCGACCUGAACCACUUUGAUCUCAGUGUCGGCGGCAGCGGACCUGGGAUCGCGUCGGGCGUGUUUGAUCCUGACGCGAGUCACGUCGGAAGCUCGCCGCCAUUAGACCUUGGGCUUGUGCCGGGCGAAGGUGACUUUGGCAUGGAGAGGCGCAACUCGCAGGGUCAGCUCGUCGAUGCCAACGGCGAUGUCAUUGCCGCUCCAGCGGCAGACGACAGCUUGAGCAUUGGCGUGGGUCGAGAUGCACCUCUGAGCGUCGGUCAUGGCUCGCUUUUUGAAGGUACAGGUGCAGACAUCACUGCUGGCUUUGACGAUGAUACAUUGAUGGACCUCGGUGGCGAAGGGGGUCUCGAUCUCGGCCUCGAAGGUCUGGAUCGGCCACGGCAGACAACACCUCAACCGCGAGACAGUGACACGAACCUCGCCGAGCAGCUAACGCCACGCACGGCCGCAAAGGUUCGAGAAGCUAUUGUAAGGCGAGAGGAACAAGGACUUAAGUCGAAACGGAGUCGGCACCUCGUCGAUGCUCGGACAGAGCUGUCGCCGGAUGAGACUGCGCUCGAUCUGAUCACGUCCAUGCAAGGCGCGAAUGAGUAUCUGCCGAAGUCGGCCGCCUACAUGCAGCUUCUGUCCAUGUACAAGGCACCGUCGAAGAAUCUCGUUUCCGGGGGACCGUUCGGGAUCAUCGCGCCUCAGCUCCAGGAACUCUUUGUGCUCGAUGCAGACGCGAUGCGAAAGUCGAGGCGUAGGAGACUAGCAGAGGAGGCAGACGAGCGCCACAACAAACGUCAGAGAACAGGUGUGAGCGAAGACGACAAUCUGUCCGAGGUGGGCAGGAGGGCAGCGACAGAAGACGACGUCGCGUUGGGCUUUGAUCUCGGAUUCGAUGACACAACAGACCUAGGAGCAUUUGGUGGAAUCGAUGCUGGAGCUGGCGACGUGCCAUACUUUGACAUCCCGGCCGAGGGUCUUGCGGCGGACGAUGGCUUGCGACGGAGUAUGCGACACCUCGAGAAGGGCCGGCUAUCCUCGGUGCGCCAAAUGAGCCAGGAGACCGAGGGACGACUUUCCCCACUCGGGUCGCUGAGCAGGUCAGGCACGCCAUCGUCGAACCUCCUUGGGAUUGAUGAAGAGGAUGCGCGCCACGAUGAGGAUGGCUUCUCAAACAAUACGAGGCGAGCCGCCGAGACGUUCCGAGAAGCCUUUUUGGCGGCGGCGGACGAAGAAGAGGGAGAGGCAGCCUCUUUCGAGCAACUCACCGCGGCAUCGGGUCGCAGAGAAGCGGCAGGGCUCUUCUUUGAGACGCUCGUGCUGGGCACAAAGGAUCUUAUCAGCGUGCAACAGACGGAUGCGUACGGUGACCUGUCGAUCAGGCCAAAGGACAGCUUCUGGACGACGAUCGGGGCCCGCGUGAGGUAAAGAUGUCCCUCACUGUCUCCUCUUGUAAUAUCACACCUGCUUCGUAUACACAUCCGUACAACAUGA